CGUGACAACAUCUCGCAAAUAUUUAUUCUUAUAUUUUUUUUUUUUUUUUGUUUCAUUUUUAAAUAAAAUUCCUGUGGUUUAAUUUUAUUUAUACAAAUAAUUUUUUUUUAUUUUUAUUUUUUUUUCAUCAUGAAUUUAAAAACUCUAAUCUUACGAUAGCCAAGAUGAUAAAAUAAGUCGAAAUAACAAAAUUCAUCAAGUAUAUAAAGAAAAAUAUUUCAUCUAAAAAAGUGACAACACUGAGUCACCAUCAUCAUCAUGAAUUCCAGUUGGAUUUCAUUAACAGUACUAUUAUCUAUUUUUUUAUUUGUUGAUGGUGUUUCAUGGAGUACAAAUCAGCAAGAAAAAAUAUUAACUCAUAAUGAAAAUGAUCAUGUAGAUAUUGAUUUAUCAUCCCUCAGGCAAAAAAAAUUAAUAAAUUUAAAUGGACAUAUAGAUGAAAAAAAUAAAAAUAUAAUUAUUGAUAAAAAUGAUGAUGGAUUGGGCAUUAAAAAAAUUUCAACAGAGUUGGAAGAUUUAGAAAAAUCAUUUGUUCAUCCAAAAGAUGAUGAUGAUGUUGCUGAUGAUUCUAAAAAUAAAGCUGAAUUAAUUAUGAAAAAUUCUACAGUUGCACCAAAAUCAAUGGAAAUUAAAUAUUUAAAAAAUGAUACUUUACCACCAAAAUUAUUCCCAACUGAUCCUGUAGUUGUUAAAAGUAUUUUAAAUUAUUCACCAGAAAUACAAGAAAAAUUAAAUCACGAGUAUAAUGUUACUGAUUUUAGAGAAAAAAAUUUAUCAAUUAUGAAAUCAAAUUCAGAUGUUAAAAUACUUGCAAAUAUGAUUGAACAAACAACAAUGAGAAUAUCAACAAGAAGAAAACCAACAGCUGAUGAAAAAACUUUGCAAAUAACUGAAACACGUGAACAAAUGAUUUUAAAAAAUGAUAAUUUAAAUAAUUCAACAAAUAAAAAAUCUACACAUCCUGGUGUAAUUGCAAUGCUUGUUGCAAUUUUAUUUGCAAUCGUUUCUUCAUUUGGUUAUGUGGGUCUUAUGAUAUGGAAAAGAUAUCUCGAAUAUAAACAUGGAAAUCGAGAACUUCUUGUAAAUGAUUUCGAUUCAAAUGACAUUAAUAAUUUCGAGCUGUAAAAAAAAUAAAUAAAAUAUAUUGUAAAUAUAUAUAAAAGAAUUUAAUAGUUAUUUAAAUUUAAUAAUUGUUUGUUUUUCGAUAAAUGCUGGAGAACAACAAGUAGUUGCCUUUUUUUUUUUUUAAAUUAAUUUUACAAUAAAUUUAUAAAUUAAAAA